AUCAAUGUAUAUUUUAUACGAUUACGAUUUAAAUUUAUUUAAAUACUUUACGUAUUUCAUAAUCACCGUUCCGACACCGUCCAAUUUCGAACGUGAUAUUUGAAUCGGAAUAAAUCUGAUAAUUCAAUUUAAGUGAUAAAUAUAUUUUUUUCUUCACUGAUCCCUGUAAUUUCGUUGUCUCGAAAUUAUAAAUAACAAAAUCGACAUUUUAAACCGUAUAAAAAUCAUGUUACAAUUUUAUCAUAAAAUAAAGGAAUUAUACGAUACGACACGAUACAGUGAAUAUAUGCAAUAAAAAAUUGCGCGUAUUAUAUACAAAAAUAUAGUAUCGUGAACAUAGCAACUGAAUCUGUUUGGUCUCGUCAGAAAAGCUAAUAAAUUUAUGCAACUGAAAUUUCCACGACAACGACAAAAGCGCCGUUUAUUCGAUAUUUAUGGCGAUUUAUCCGUUGAUAGGAAUCGCUAAUGUCACUAGAUUCAUAGAGUAAGCGGUGGAAAUGUAACGUAUAUACAUAGCAGGAGCAUUCAACAGGUUGACGUUGCACAAUAAAAACUUUUAAGCGGUCGAUACUUCUUUAAACAUCGCUACGAACGUUAAAAGAAGAAUUGAUAUUGCCACUAGAAUGGACUGGGAACGAGGUCAAACUAUCGAAUCUCUGGCGGCAUGUAACUUAAAAAUAAUAAAAAAAAAGAAAGAAAGAAAGAAAGAAAAAUAAAAAUUCUGCGUGCAGAUUGACAGAGAUUGAUCCGUUUAAUACUUUUAAACGCCUUUAAAAUAAAAAAUAAUUCCUCGAUAGCACAAUCGAUACUCGAUAUUUUAUACUCGAUAUUGGAAACAAAGGAAACGCGUAAUUCCAUUGACGUAUAAUCUCAUCUUGAGGAACCGAUACAUCCGAAGAAGAAGAAACUCAUACUCUCAACCAUAAUUCGAUAAACAUCGACGAGUAGAGUGGAUGUAUAGAGGUGACGAAACCGAUUUUCGCGAUCGAUAAGGAAAAUAGACACGCAACAGCUGUACUGAACUGCUGUAAAUGAGAAGCGUGGUGCUCGUCAACGAGUAAGCAAGAGAAUUAGAAUUUCUGUCGGUCGGAAGAUUAAAACAAGGAAGAUUAAGAAAGAUGGUGGGAUACGUGAGGUAUUUGUUUGCCAUAAUGAUCUGCAUCGCGAACAUGAUUGUCUACGGGUUGAAGGUCAAUAUAGCCGUAGCUGUGGUCGGCAUGGUGAAGCACAGAGACGAAAUACCGGACGCGUCGGAUGAAUGCGAUUUUGUUCCUAUAGCAGAAGUGAUCGAUAUAGAGGGUCCGUUCGAAUGGACUUCGACGCAGCGUGGCUUGGCCAUAAGUAUUUAUUUCGCCGGUUAUCUGGUGGGAAUGUUCCCAUGCGGAUACUUCGCGGAUCGCUUCAACUCGAGGAACGCCCUGCUGCUCUGCGUGCUGGGGAACGCGAUUUUGACACUGAUAGUUCCAAUAGUGGCGCCCGUGUUGUGGCUACUUUACGUUACGAGAUUCGUCAUGGGCGUGGUGAGCGCGCCCAAUCUUCCUAUCGUCGCCAUCAUGGUUGGGAGAUGGGUCGUCUACGAGGAGAAGAGUUUAUGGUUCGGUAUUAUUUAUUCCGGAACGUCGAUCGGCACAGUGAUCUCUAUAUUGACGUCGGGAAUGAUACUGCACGCCCUCGGUUGGGAGGCAGUCUUUUACAUACACGGUGCCCUCUCCUUGAUCUGGUGCGUCGUCUUCCUCAUCUUCUUCCGCGAGAGCCCGGAAACGCAAUACUAUAUAUCGGAGGAGGAGAGGCACUACAUAGUGACCUCGUACGGGCACCGUGGCCUUGAAUCGGUUCACAUGAAGGUGCCGUGGAAAGCCAUCUUCACGUCGGUCCCGUUUCUGGCCCUGAUUUACACCAACACGUUCGGAAACUUUGCCUGGUACUUCUUGCUCACGCAGCUGCCCAUGUACAUGAACAAGAUUCUGAGAUUCGACAUUCAAUCUAACGCGAUUCUGAGCUGCUUGCCGUAUCUCUUGGCCGCAAUAAUGAAUCCAAUCUUGGGAAGGGUACUGGAUUGGGGCAGAGCGCGAAAUUAUUGGACCCAAACCGGUGGGCGAAAGAUCGCAGUAGGGAUGAGUUGCAUCCCGCCGAGUAUUUUUCUCCUUAUUAUCGCUUAUAUCGGUUGCUACCGAGUAAUCGCUGUCAUAUUAUUGAUGCUUAGCGUAAUGUUAGGAGGUUCCAUUUUUGUCGGCCAUCUUGCCAACCACAACGACUUGGCGCCCAACUAUGCUGGAAUUUUAAUGGGUAUUACGAAUACUCCAGGAACUAUUUCAGCGUUUAUUUUGCCAGCCAUAGUGGGCGCGCUCACGGAAGCCGGGCAUACUAUGGCACGAUGGAGAUACGUGUUCUGGAUAACAAUUAUUGCACAAAUGUCUGCAUUUGUUGUAUUCACCAUCUUCGGCUCGGCAGAGAUUCAAGAAUGGAAUUACUAUGGGGUAGAAGCGGAGGAAGAUUAGCAAACCGAAUUUGUAAUACUGUGUUUUUCCCUCUUAUUUAUAUUAUUUUACUUUUCACUUCGAGUGAAAUAUAUAUUUUUAUCGAUAUUAUUAUUAUAUAGAUUUUUUCUUUCUUUCUUUCUUUUUUUUUUUUUAAUGGAUACGACAAUCAAUAAUUUUUAUUUAACGAUGACAGUAUUUGUAAAUUUAUCGAUUGUGUAUCCCAAAGGAAAGUGUAUCUGGAAGAGAAAUGGGUUAAGAAUUUGGAUACAUUAGAGGUAUAUUAUUUAUUUUUCUAUUGCAAUUUGUAUUUGUAUCGAAUAAAAUUUAAAGCGAUUAUUUUAUUUAUAGAUAUAUAUAUAUUAUUAUUAUUAUUAUUAUUAUUAUUAUUGUUAUAUACGUUGUAUACAAGUUGUUUAAAUAACCGAUUUUAUGAAAAUCAAUAAACUUUCCAUUAAAG